CGAUUUCUGGAUUCUGGAGUUGAGCCGCACCGCGACGUCCGCUGCUCCGCCCAUUGAAUGCCAGGCUGCCCGCCGAGGGGGGUAACGUUCAGCAGCGGAUGCCAAUCGUGUGCCGCCCGUGAUUGAGGAGAGGACAACAGCCCCCGUUCCGAGGUUCCAAGACACAGCGGCUCUCGCCCGGAGCCGAAGACCCUUCCUUCACCCCCCGCCAGCCCACAGCAACAUGGCGUCCCCGGCUUCCAUUCCCCGCUUCCUCCUGCCGCAGUCCGGCCAAAUAUGGCGCCGAGCGGCUCCGUCCCCGUCCGCAGCCGCCGCUGUCUCCCGCCGCGUCUUUGCCAGAUUAUCCAGCAGCAAACCGAGCAAGGCGCCCCCAAGUCCACGGGUCCUCGCCAAACCCGAGCGCUUCACUCCGCCCUCCCACGGCUCCCGUCUGCCCAAGAAGACGCCUCCGCGCCACUAUGGCGGCGAGCUGAGCGCCGAGGAGGUCGCGGCGCAAGCGCAGCGCGACUACCCGGGCCUGCCGCCGCCGCCAAACUCGCGCGCCCACUGGUUCCUGCACAGCCGUUGGAUCCACGUGGUCAUCACAGUGGGCACGCUCUCCGGGCUCGCAAUCUACACCUUCGCGCUGUCCUUCUCGCGGACGUCGCCCUUCGCCGACAUGCUCCCGCCGGCGUCGGACUACCUGUACCACCCGAUCCGGUCGACGGCGGUGCUGAUCGAGGUGCUGCGGCUGCACGAGGCGCACAAGUCGGCGCGCAUCAGCGAGAAGCGCAAGCGCAACGUCGACGACGUGGCCAAGCGCGCCGCGUACCGCAAGGCCCACGGCCUGCCCGAGGAGAUGGGCCUGUUCAACCAGCCGAUGGCCAAGAUCCGGGACGAGGAUGGCGAGAGUGGUGCUGCGGCGGCGGCUGAGGGGUCCGAGAAGGAGAAGGAGCAGCA